AUGACAAACCAAGCCAACUGCACAGGUAUGGCAGCAACAAAACUGCGCUAAGGUUCAUUUGACUUUUCCUACACCUUUCCUUUCCUAUCAAACAUUUGAGAUUUGCUUCGUUUUCUUUUUAGAUACAACUCCUCUGCAAGUUAACGACCAAGUAGUUUUCCUGCCUGAAAACAUCAACAACGAAACGAUAGUCGUGAAUGUUACUGUCACUGCUGUUCUGGCUUCCCUUGUUCGACCAUUUAAGUUUUACGUAGAUAAUGUCACACAGCCACGACUACUGUCACGCGAGGUGUCAAGGCGAAAGCGGCGUCGUGUUGAAGUUAAUUCUCGGUGUACACACCCUGAGCUCUGUCCUAAAAUAUUAGUCGAUCUCUGUUUUAAGGCAGGUGCUGUCAAACCAGAAAAUUAUUUCUGCAUUCAUCGAUUCACUGGACGAAUAAGGGUAACGCAAGACUUUGUAUUCAAAGAAGGUGAAGUAUUUGAUUUACAAAUACGCGUGACGGACAGCGACCCAAGUGGAAUAACGGAAAACACAGCCAGAAUCAAACUCAUUUCUGGUGACCCGUGUAAGAACGUCCUAGCAAUAUAUGAUGAAGCCGUGAAAUAUUGCAUCAAGAAUUCAGAAUCUGUCGAUGGAGGAAAGAAGUGCUUGAGUACUCAGUGCACAGAGACUGCCCAUGAUUGGAAAGAGGCACUUAACAGUGCAAGUAAAGUACCAGAGAAAGACUGCUCAGCUGAUCCCCAUAAUCUUACAGUGCUCAUCCGCGAAAACCCACUUUGUGGUAAGUAG